AUGCCUCGAUACCUCGUAGGACGCAUCUCCGACCCCCUCUUGGGCAUCUCGACCGGCGUCCUCGCCUACAUUCUGUGGGAGAACGAUGGCCGCAACGCAGCCCAUCGCCCGGAAGGCAGGAUGCUCUCUGACCUAGUCAAGCGUAGAUGGAGCGGAGAGGCUCCCCCUCCUGCCCCUGCGGCAUUGAGAGCUGCGAGCGCUGCUGCAAAUUCGGGCUCCACGCCUGGCGCUGCGCAGACGCGUAUGGUCUGA